CACAAAAUCCCAAGUCCUUUUAUCGGAAAAAAAUGGAAGAAAAUCCCCAGUCCAAAACCUUGGCUUAGACACAUAAACCCCGGACUGUUAUUCCUUCCAGAACCUCUGUUUUGUUCUAUUUCAUCGACAAUCAGAUAGAACUUAUGAGUGCCAAACAUCGAUUUUAGCAUUGCAUAAAUGGCGCUGAUAAUCUCAACCCAAAUACAACUCAAGCCCUCCAAUCCGCUGCAAAAUCAAAUCUUGCAUCCUCAAGUGGGAUUUGUUACAGUUAGAACCAAGAAAACCAACUGUUUUAGCAGUGAUAAUGUUAAUCAUUACAGAUUUAAGCUCAGAAUAGGCUAUAAAGAUUCAAUUUUUAGAACAAGGGUCUCUGAUGAUAGUGGUGCCAUCCCAUUUCAGCCUUCAUCUUCUGCUGAUGUUGAUGCACGAGGGAGGAGCUCAUCUGGGAGCAGUGAUGGUUAUGUGGCAUUAUUUGUACGGAUGCUUGGAUUGGAUAACGAUCCUCUUGAUAGAGAACAAGCUGUAGUUGCACUCUGGAAGUAUUCACUUGGAGGGAAAAAAUGCAUAGAUAAUGUCAUGCAAUUCCAUGGUGCUGUAAAUCUUACUGUCAACCUUCUCAAGUCUGAUUCUGAUUCUGCAUGUGAAGCUGCUGCUGGAAUCUUGAGGACGAUUUCCUCCAUUAAUGUUUACAGAAACACUGUGGCCGAAAGUGGGGCAGUAGAGGAGAUAACUAGCAUGCUUAGACGAACUUCCUUGUCUUCAAACAUGUCAUCGGGUCUCAAAACAAGUUCCAUACAGUGUCUUAGAAUCAUAGAAUCCCCUCCUGCAGAGAGCAACAUGAAGCACGGUUUCCUUUAUGAAGCAGUAAGAUUGCAACUGACUGUCACUGCUAGACCUCAAACUAAGUCUACUUUUUUCUACAGUGUGCAAACCAUGUAUGUCAGAGACGUCGUAAAUUCUGCCUUCUUAGCUCGCAUCAUUGAGAUUUUGAAGACAUCAUCCCCCAAUUUGCAAAAGAAAGCUGCUUCCAUCCUUGAGUUUGUCAUAGUUGAUGAUGCAUGUGUGGAAAUGGUCAUCUCAGUUGACGUAGCAUCUGGCUUAGUUUGUGUUUUCCAACAACGUUUAAGUGAUAUAGAAGCUGACACAGAUGUACAGAGACCAGAAUUAUUGGCCCUCCAAGUUGAAGAAGCUGGUCAAGCAAUAUCAGCAGCAUCCCGCUUAUUUACAAGACUGCUUGAUUCUGAGCACUUCCGCAGCACUAUAGACACACAGCAUUUCAUGCAUUUACUUCGUAAAAUUCUGAUAUCUGAGAUUCCUAUUUGCUACAAGGAUUGGGUUGCUUCUUGUCUUGUUAAACUGAGUUCUUUCUCUGGUCCAAACCUGGACUUUGAGAAUCCAGUAAAUAUGGAGGUAACUCUUUAUGAAACAAUCCCAAGGUUGAUAGAGCAGAUAAAAACCUCAUCUUCACCAGAACUCCAAGAGGCUGCAGUUAUUGAACUUAACAGAAUAAUUUCUGAAGGGGUGGUUGAUUCUACCAGAGCAGUCGCUGCACAGGGUGGCAUUUUUCCAUUGGUCAAGUUGAUUGAAGAGGGUAGCAACCGAGCAAUGGAAGCUGGUUUAUCAAUACUGUACAAUUUGAGCAUGGAUAGUGAGAACCAUGCAGCAAUUAUGUCAGCAGGAGCUGUUCCUAUUUUGAGGAGAAUUGUGCUUUCGCAGAAGCCACAGUGGACAAGAGCUCUUCAUUUGCUCAGGACUCUACCCACCUGGGAAUAGUGUAAAAACUGAAUGUAAUUUCCAUGUAAAUUUUCGCCAUUUUCGGCAAAUGUCAGUCACAAACUAAUUUUUUAGUGGUGAUGAUCCUUGGACGGUAGAAAAAUCAUAUCAACCCAAAAGAAGACCGGGUCCAAUUUUGAAUGUUAAGUAUACACAAUUUUCACCCUGUUCUAGUGCUUAGAUGAAAUAAAAGUUGCUUCCUCCCU